AUAAUUUCCAGUUUUCAUUAUACUAUUGAACGCCAUUCCAGUGACCCUGACCACAUCAACUGAGAUGUCUCAAGAAGGACAACAUACUGAUACCCAGAGAACCAUGGAUACGUUCGCCUAUUCAGAUGCAGAAAUUGCAGAUGUGAUUGCACAAGCGGACACCACAUUAUCGUUUUUCGGAACAAGCUCUGACAAAGAAUUCUAUAAUCAACUCCAUAAUCUAUCCCGAAAAGAGUUGAACUUAACCUCCCACAGCUCUACAUUGGUGGAAUACAUUAAAACAAAAAGAAUUCCAAGGGGCCUAAGAGUGAAUUUAACCCCACUGGGCUGUAUAAACAAUAAAGACUUCCUAGCAAAAUGGGAAGGAAUUUGGAAUAAAGCAAGCUUGGAUGCAAUGGUGUUGACUGUUGAAUAUCUGCAACCAGAGAUCGUGAAAACCAAGCAGGAGAUCGCUACAUUAAAAGACUCACUUAAACAAAGCGUACAGAAUCAAGCCGAAUACGAACGAAUAAUAAAAGAUAUCCAUACCAGCAUUGAGAGAUUGAAAAGAGACACAGUCGCCAGGAAAUUGAAGAAAUUCCAGCGGGACACCAGGGAUUACACAUCUGGAAUCGUGUAUAGCUGGCAAGGCGGCUCUCCAAGGCAGCAAACGCGUUCUAACAACUUUGGCCUGCCGAGACACCGUCCAGAAGCCGGCGCUCCCCAGCAGCUCUACACACGUCGAACCCCGCCUCCUCCUGGCAGCACUGAUAGUGUCUCAGACGAGCGGUUCAGCUCUGAGUCUGAACGUGGCACCCAGGGUUACAGAGGAUCGCAGAGGCCUUUUUUAGGCGAACAGAGGAAGCAGAACCGGAGAGAACCGGACUGGCGAGGAACAAGAGGGGCUCACGAGGAAUCGGUCGCAGGCGGAUACUUACCCAGGAAAUCCAAACACAGACCGGUACAGAGGCAGUUCUACCAGUCCUACUGAAUGAGUUGUCUUGAACAAGAGGGCACUGACACAAUGGACAUUAUAACUAAAUUACUAUGUCUCAUGAGAUAUUAAACACAGCUCCCCUCACAGGCAUAUCACAAAAGAUUCCAGUACGUGUGCUCGCUAUAGAAGCAGGGGGAUCAGUUCUGGAUGCAUAGAUUGCACAGGUAUCUAUUCCCAUCCAGAUUUUUUUAUUUAAAUUUGUUUAAUUUUUGGUCUUCCCUUCCUUAACUGAUUUUUUGGACAGGUCUCAGAUGGCUUUGACUUUUUGUUUGUGGGUGGCAGAGAGACUCAAUGCCCUGUGUGUGAAAGUAGAGUUUUUGUUGGAAUGCCUCCAUGCUUCUUUGUCCCUGCCUCUUUGGGUGUCGGUUCUGCCACUAGGAAUUUAAGUAUCUGAUGCCAAUCUACAGCAGCUGCAAGAUUCUGGGUGAGUCACACAAUGUGUAUGUAUAUAUAUUGUAACAAAGCAGCUGGGUUAGUUAUAGAUGGAAAAUAUAUUUGUUCCAGGGUGUUUUAUAAUACAACACCCUGGAACAUGGAAUAAUGCAUACAGACCAAAGCUGCAAGGUAAUUGCUGCAUUUUAAGUACCUGACUGACAUUGGGAGGAGGGACCCCUCCCACCUCAGAGUGUGAGAGUGCAGGAGCUGCACUGCCCUGCCCAGCCCAGGAAAGGUACUGGUUGCCAGUGAUUG